AUGGUCCCCAACAUCUACAACCUAACCACUCUCGGCUGCUCCGGUUCCUGCUGCAUCCCCUGCCCAGUCUCCUCAGUAUUCUAUGAACCGCACAAACUCGAAAACGUCUACACCGUCACCAGUGUCCUCCGCUUCCUCUCUGCCGCUGCGUGCAUGUUCCUGUCUAUUUGUUACCUCAUUCUUCCGAGUCGUCGUAGACAUCCACAUUUGAUUGUCCUUUUGUUUGCGAUGUUGAUGGUUCCGUGGGAGGCGCUGGGGACGGCGUGGUUGUUUAAGAAGGAGGACUUGCUGUGCAAGAAUGUUUAUGAGAUUGCAGAUUUGACCAAUUCGUGGUUCUGUGGUGUCCAAGGCGUGUUACUCCAUUACAUCGUACUGGUCAUGCUCUGCCUCGGCUUCCUCUUAAUUGCCAACCUGCACCUCUUGACCGUCUACAGAUCUUCACUCAUCCAAGGAUCACUCUCAAAACUCAUGGGCGUCUCUUUCAUCCUACCCCUGGCUCUGGUCAUCCCUGUCAUUGUCAAGAAACAGAUUAUGAACCCUGGGUUUGGGUCCGUCUGUUUUGUUGGACCCGACGUUGCUAGUGCUUUCUUAUUUUAUCCUCUUUCUGUCAUUGUUUGUGUGGCUACGUUGUUGCACUUGGGAACCAUUGGAUUCAUGAUCAAGACGGCGGUGCAGGCAAACUCAUCUAGCUCAGUCAGCAACUCACACUCCCGCAGCAACGGUAACAGCUCCACUGGAAACAACAACCCUGCCAACAUGACCGCCCGUCAACGCCGCCUCCAAACCGCCCGCGACAUCUCUCAACUCCUCAAACAACAAUGGCGCCCUGGCCUCUUCGCCCUCUGGCUCCUCGUUAUCGACAUGAUCUACUGGCUCUUCUAUUUCAUCGAAGCCAAGAAGCUCCUCUCCGUUGGUCCCAGCACCAUCUGGUUCCAACAAUGGGUUGCCUGUCUUGCCGAACAGGCCGUUGCGUCCAUUAAAGCGGGGCGUCUUUCUAUGACUAACCCGACUCCGGACCAAUUUAUUGCGGCUGGUGAGGUUGCGCAGAGAACGUGUGCGGCGAUUGCUGAGCCAUUUGUGCCGAACUUUGCGUGGGCAGCGCUUUCCGAUAUCUUACCGGCGUUGUUUGGCAUUGUGAUCUUGAUCAUCUUUGGGUCCAAACUGGAGCUGUGGCAUGAUUUGAGGGAGCGGUUGUUUGGUAGGCGUGGCGCGGAUGGGGGUAAGUUCAUGAUGGUUGAUGUCUCCAAGGAGAGUCGCGACAAAUUGUACGCCAAGGGACCAUCAUCUGGCGCUCACAGGGACAACACGCCUUCCCCUUCCCCCGCUGGAGCUCUCACAUCUGCUUCAGCUGCCGCUACUGCUACUACUACCAACCCUCAUCGCCAAGAACGAUACAGACGCGACUUGAAGGUAACAACCCAACAACCCGACGACGGCUUCUAUGUUGAGGACCUCGCCCACGUCGACAACCCCUACGGCAGCCAGACAAACCUAACCCCCACCAACGAAAUCUCCUUCAAAAAGACCAACAACGGCGGCCCCAUCCUCAAGAACCAAACCGAGUACAGCAACAACCUUGCUUCCCUCGGAAAUAGCGGUGGCUACCGUACAGAAACCCCCGAGCCCUGGAAACCCUCAGCCUGGGCGACGACGGCCACUAAGGCCAACGCCAACCCUUCGCCAGAUGACUACUCGAUCCAAACAGCCUACCGCUCAACAUCCCCACAGCUCCGGAUCAACACCCACAGCUCACCCUCCCAAAGACCCGUGAUAGUAGGAGGAGGAGGAGGGGGAACCUUGUCACCCCUAUCACCACACAGACAAUUCUACAACAGCGAAGAUCUGGACGCCGCUCCUGUCAGUUUGACAACGCCACCACCCACAUACAACUCCAACUCCAGUAGAAACGCGUACAGAGGACCGGUGUCUCCACGACAGAACAAGCGGAAUAGCAACAGCGCCUAUAACAGCAAUCAGUCCAACGCCACGUUUAUGAGCGAGACCAGUCGUGGCAGAGCAGAGUACAAUGCCGAUCCCAGACUCCAGCAAUACCAUCAGCAACAGGAGCAGCAACCACAGGAGCCGAUAUCUCCUACUCGCGCUUUGUCACCACCACCAUCACGACCUAAUAAGAACAUGGCUCGCAACAGAUAA